AAUGAAUGAACUGAUCGUGCGAAUAUUGAUUGUGGAGUAUUUCUUGGUGAACCGCUGUGGACGCUGGAUCAUUCUCUUGCUCAGUCAACUAUUUGCGAUGGCAACAGCGAUUUCUAUCUCUCCACAUCGUGUGAAACAACUCUUGGAAGACCAUUUUGUGCUAUACAUCGACACUCGUUCAUUCAUGCAGUAUAAUAACGAGCGCAUACUGUCAGCUGUAAACAUUUACUGCCCUCCUCUGUUACGUAAGCGCCACCCAUCGUGUGUUCCGCUGGAGAACAUUUUAUCGGAUGAGAUUAAACAGAUUCUCAGAAGGGACAACCAAACUGUAAUUUUGUACGACGAAGAUUCAGACGAGUUUUCAAUGGACAAUCAAAAAUCAGACUUGAAUUUAAUACACAGAAGUCUUAUUCGUUUCUUGGGCAAUAGAAGCUUUUUUUUCAUUUCUGGCGGCUAUCGGCGCUUCAAAGAGGAAUAUCCCCAGCUGUGUUUCAAACACAGUACUAUGUUUACCAAGCUCAACUUGGUGCUCAAAACUCAACGAUCGUUUCCGGAAACACCCGACGGACAAUACAGCGGGCCCGACUCGUCUCUCAAUAGAAAGAGACCCGUAGAAUUGCUUCCAUAUCUGUACAUCGGUGAUUCAAGUCAUUCGUCAAGAAAAGACGUUUUAAAAAAUAUAGGAGUCACAGCCAUUUUAAACGUGUCUACUUCCUGUGAAAAUCACUUCCCCCAGGACUUCCGGUACAAGGUAAUUCCCGUGGAGGACACCGUAAGCGAGGAUCUCCGGACAUGGUUUACAGAAGCUAUUGAUUUUAUCGAGGAUGAAAGGCGAUCUGGAGGUGUUAUACUGGUUCACUGUAGCGGCGGUGUGAGCCGAUCAGCGACCGUGUGUUUGGCCUAUCUGAUGUAUUCUCGGUCACAGAGCCUGGAGGACGCUUUCGAGUACAUUAAAUGCAGACGGGAGGUCAUUUCGCCCAACACAAGCUUCAUGAUUCAGCUUUCAUUGUUCGAGAAGGAGCUGAUCUCCUACAAGACGUCCAAGACAGUGUCAAAACCAACUUUGUCGCCGUGCAGACUAUACAGUCACGGUUUCAUGACGCCAUCCGACAAUAACAGCGGGUUCUCCUUCCAUGGUUGUGACGUCACUAGUGCCUCACCGGAAGUGGAAAUAAGCCACGUCACUUCCUCUUUUACUUUCUUGAGCAGUCCCGUUGUGUCGACUAACUGAGAGGGAGGUCUGUGGGAAAGCAGACAUUUGGGUCAGGUAGCGGGCUCUGUGCAAUCAGACGGUUUUUUUUAUCAACAGUUAUUUUCACUUGUAGCUCUUCGUACUGUGAUUACAGCGAUGCAAUGCUGCGAAUGAUCGUACGACUGCUGGUAUGGCGUGAUUUAUUCAUUUUAUGUCACAGAGGGAUGAAGACUGCACCAGGUUCUAGGACCUAGUGUUUAAAGGCAUACUGUCACGGAUUUAAGGACCUGUAAAAAUGGAUAGUAACUAAACAUUACAUUAAUUGUUGGAAACCAAAUCUAGCUAUUGCAUCACCUUAACUGAACCAUGAUAUAGUGAAAUCCAUGUCAAGUUUUUG